GCUAAACAUCCCAACCAGUAAGCUGAUACCACUAGCUCGCGAUCGUGAUGAUUCUGUGUGCUCUGGCCCUUGCUGCUGGUAUCAUGAUCUGAUUUUUUCUAAUCGGGAAUAUUUUACUUUACAAAUGUGGCUACGUCCAGGUGAUUGCAAAUCGUCAUACCUUUUCCGGGGUUAAGUGAAUCACACCACACACACACUCCUUUCUGUGCGCGUCCUUUUGACCCAAAUCCCCCGAAAAAUUAAAGUGUAAAGAAAGAAACUCAAAGUGCUCAAAAAACAAGGAUUUCCUUCCUGCAAAUUAAAAGAAAAUAAAACAGUGCAAAGUGCCUGAGAGAGAGAGUGAGAAGAGAAAGAAAGAGAAAAGGAUUUAGCAGAGAAUAAGCUUCUCCGCGGAGGAUUUUGCGUGGAUUUCCCACGGAUCGCCUGUGCCCUGUGUGUUGAGAAAAGAUGGAGGCAAUUGAGCGCGAUGCAGACAAGGGAGAUACAUUCGGUGAUCACUACCUGACACCUGCAACAGAAUCCCUGGAGAUGCCUGUGUUCCGUAGUCAAGAUCAGCAAAUCCAGAGCGUGCCGAAGGAGUCACAGCUUCCGGAUCGAGGUAGCUGGGCAUCCAAACUUGACUUUAUCCUCUCAGUCGUUGGCCUGGCCAUUGGUUUGGGCAAUGUAUGGCGUUUCCCCUAUCUCUGCUACAAAAAUGGCGGUGGUGCCUUCCUUGUGCCCUACCUCCUUGCACUCUUCCUCGCUGGCAUACCCAUGUUCUUCAUGGAACUCGCCCUGGGGCAAAUGCUAACAAUCGGUGGAUUGGGCGUAUUCAAAAUUGCUCCAAUAUUCAAGGGAAUCGGCUAUGCUGCAGCUGUGAUGUCCUGCUGGAUGAAUGUCUACUACAUCGUCAUUCUUGCAUGGGCUAUCUUCUACUUCUUCAUGAGCUUGCGCUCAGAUGUGCCGUGGAGGACGUGCAAUAACUACUGGAACACCCCAAAUUGCGUCAAUCCCUACGAGAGGAAGGAUCUCCUGUGUUGGGAUCGUGUUAGUGCUCUCAAUGGGACAAUGACACGCAUCUGUACCCUACCAACGGGAAAUGUUACAGCAGCUGCACUCACAGAUCCCGUGAAGGAAUUCUGGGAGCGUAGGGCUCUUCAGAUCUCCGCUGGAAUUGAGGAAAUUGGGCAUAUACGAUGGGAAUUGGCCGGGACACUCCUUCUUGUUUGGAUUCUCUGCUACUUUUGCAUCUGGAAGGGUGUUCGAUGGACCGGAAAGGUUGUCUACUUUACUGCCUUGUUCCCCUAUCUCCUCCUGACUGUACUCCUGAUUCGUGGCAUUACACUUCCGGGUGCCAUUGAAGGCAUCAAAUUCUACAUUAUUCCAAAUUUCACAAAACUCGGACAAUCCGAAGUAUGGAUUGAUGCUGUAACGCAAAUCUUCUUCUCCUACGGUCUAGGAUUGGGUACUCUUGUUGCAUUGGGAUCAUACAAUAAAUUCACAAAUAACGUCUACAAGGACGCACUGAUAGUCUGUUCAGUUAAUUCGAGCACAUCAAUGUUUGCUGGUUUUGUCAUUUUCUCCGUUGUGGGCUUUAUGGCGCACGAACAGCAGCGUCCAGUGGCUGAAGUAGCUGCAUCAGGUCCCGGUUUAGCCUUUCUGGCCUACCCAUCGGCCGUCCUACAGCUUCCUGGUGCCCCAUUGUGGUCCUGUCUCUUCUUCUUCAUGCUCCUCCUAAUUGGUCUUGACUCACAAUUCUGCACAAUGGAGGGCUUCAUUACGGCUGUCAUCGAUGAAUGGCCAUUGCUUCUCAGGAAGCGAAAAGAGAUCUUCAUUGCCAUUGUGUGUGCUCUUAGUUAUCUCGUUGGACUCUCCUGUAUCUCCCAGGGCGGAAUGUACGUGUUCCAGAUCCUAGAUUCUUACGCAGUUUCUGGGUUCUGUCUGCUCUUCUUGAUCUUCUUUGAAUGCAUCUCCGUUUCAUGGGCUUUCGGUGUUAAUCGUUUCUAUGAUGGCAUUAAAGAUAUGAUUGGAUACUACCCACUGGCUUGGUGGAAGUUCUGCUGGGCCAUUACAACGCCAUGCAUUUGCAUCGGUGUCUUCUUCUUCAAUUUGGUCCAAUGGACCCCAAUUAAGUACUUGGACUACGAAUACCCGUGGUGGUCUCAUGUUUUUGGAUGGUUCACUGCUCUCUCCUCCAUGCUCUGCAUUCCUGGUUACAUGAUCUGGCUCUGGAUGAAUACAGAAGGCAACCGAAGUCAGAAAAUCCACCAAAUUGUCCGAAUAGACGACGACAUCAAGACGCUAAGGCUGAAAAUGCAGCAAGAGGCGCAAAAGAAGCACGGAAUCAUAUAGAUUUUUUUGUUGUUCUCCCUUAGCAAUUAAACCACCAAAAAUUCAUCAGUCGCUGCCACCUAAUCCCCUAUCCACCCGCAUCUUCGGUUUUUUUUAUUUAAGAAAUCAAAAAAAUAAAUCAAGAAAAGUGGAAUCUUCAAUUUUAAUGGUAAAUGGAUAUUAUUUUUAUUAAGCGAUUAGUCGAUUGCUUUUAGUUUAACUAAUAAGAUGAUGAGUUAAUAAAGCGAAUAUUUGGGAUGCUUAA